UAAAGUUGAGUUAUUCAAUAACUAUUACGUUUAAUUGAAGGCUUUUUGCACUUUUCAUUUAUUAUUCUGUACAGGUAUAGUGAGAAGCCAUGGUUCAGUGUGGGCCGAGAACCGACGGUUCAUGUUACGCCACUUGCGUGAUCUCGGUAUGGGCAAAACAGCGCUCGAGGGCUCCAUUCAACAAGAGGCCGAGAUGCUGGUGGAUCACUUGGAUAAAACCUGCGUCGGCAAGCCUGCCGUCAUGGAUCAUUUCAUCAACUGUGCUGUGGUCAACGUCAUCUGGCAAAUGCUCGCGAGCAAGCGAUAUGACAUUGAUGACAAGUUGAUGCUGCGGUACAGUGGCAUGAUUGAAGAAGAUAUUGCCAUCAUGCAGGGGCGUGUGUUUCUUAUCGACGUGUUCCCUUGGCUGGCCACAAUUCUGCCCUCUUUUAUCCUGAAUAAAUUUUUCAAAGUUGAUGUUCUCUGCAGGAAUCGAGACGAGAUCCAGUCGAUGUUCAAGGAAGUUAUUGACGAUCACAUGGCGACCCUUGACCCUAACAACCCUCGUGACGUCAUCGACCAGCUACUGCUGGAGCGCGCCCAUAGAGGCGCCUCUGACUACCUCACUCCUGAAGAUGAACUAGACUUCACGAGCAUAAUGGGCGACAUGUUCGUUGCUGGCUCUGAGACCACCUCAUCAACUCUGCGUUGGAUGAUACUUUACAUGGCCAUCAAUCCUGAGAUCCAAGCCAAAGUUCAUGAACAUUUGGACGCCGUGGUUCCCACUGAUCGUCUGCCAUCACUCACCGACAGAAAUCAACUGCAGUACGUUGACGCCAUGUUGCUGGAGGUCAUGAGGCUGAGCUCCCUCGCGCCCAUCGGUUUGAUGCACUCAACCACCGCUGAAGUCACCUUCGAGGGCUUUGACAUACCGAAAGGCACUUCGGUUCUCGCGUGUGCCGAAAUGUGUCAUCGUGAUCCGGUUUAUUGGAAGCAUCCUGACAAGUUCUAUCCGGAACACUUCCUCGACGACGAAGGGAAACUUGAUGGGAAAAAAGAAGGAUUUCUACCUUUCUCUCUCGGACGUCGCCAGUGUCUCGGGGAGUCUCUGGCUCGCAUGGAGCUCUACCUCUUCUCGACGGCCAUCUUGCAGCGCUUCACAAUAGAGCCACCAAAAGGCGUCACGCUCUCGACGGAGACUGAUCCCUCGCAGAUGGUCUUCAACUUUCCAAAGCCCUAUGAAGUGCUAUUGAAAAAGAGAAUUUAAAACAGAAUUGAUGUCUGGUACUGUCGACAUGA